GUACUUUACUUUCACUCAUCUGCACAGCGGGUUGAGGAUGGAGCUCGACUCUCUGGAUGGAGCAUAUUUCUGUCCAGUGCUCUGUGUGUGAUGACAAGCAGCGAAGCAACAAUUUGCCUGGAUUUAAUUUUCAUGUUCGUUAAAGCACAAGAAUCUCCCGAACCAUGAGCGACAUCUAUGAGUCUGCAGCCAAUUCUCUGGGUCUGUUCAGCAGCCCCUGCCUGACCAAAGUAGAGCUGCGGGUGGCCUGUAAAGGCAUCUCAGAUCGGGAUGCCCUCUCCAAACCGGAUCCGUGCGUGGUCAUCAAAAUGCAGUCCCAUGGCCAGUGGCUUGAGGUGGACAGGACAGAGGUGAUCCGGAGCUGUAUAAACCCCACAUUUUCGAAGGUUUUCACCCUGGACUUCUACUUUGAGGAGGUCCAGCGAUUGCGUUACGAGCUCUACGACAUUAGCAGCAGUCAUAACGGCAUGAGAGAGGCGGACUGUCUGGGAGCCAUGGAGUGCACGCUGGGCCAAAUCGUCUCCCAGAGAAAAUUCAGCAAAGCUCUUCUUAAACAGGGCAACACAGUCGGGAAAUCGUCUAUUACGAUCACCGCUGAGGAGCUGACGGGAAAUAAUGAUUAUGUCGAGCUCUCAUUCAGUGCCAGGAAGCUGGAUGAUAAGGAUUUUUUCAGCAAGUCAGAUCCGUUCUUAGAGAUCUACAGGGUAAAUGAUGAUGACAGCCAGCAGCUAGUGCACAGAACAGAGACUGUCAUGAAUAACCUCAACCCCGUGUGGAAGACCUUCAAAACGUCACUGAACUCGCUCUGCAGUGGAGACCAUGAAAGAAUACUGAAGUGUACAGUGUGGGACUGGGACUCGAACGGAAAGCAUGAUUUCAUAGGGGAAUUUCAAGCUACAUUCAAAGAGAUGCGAUCAGCGAUGGAUGGAAAACAGGUCCAGUGGGAAUGCAUAAACCCUAAAUACAAAGUCAAGAAGAAGAAUUACAAGAACUCUGGGAUUGUUAUUCUGAACCAGUGCAAGAUAAUUAAGAUGCAUUCCUUUCUGGACUACAUCAUGGGUGGCUGCCAAAUACAGUUUACAGUAGCGAUUGAUUUCACAGCCUCUAAUGGGGAUCCGAGGAACAGUUGUUCAUUACACUACAUUCACCCAUACCAGCCUAACGAGUAUCUGAAAGCUUUAGUCGCAGUGGGGGAGAUUUGCCAAGACUAUGACAGUGACAAAAUGUUCCCGGCAUUUGGCUUUGGUGCUCGGAUACCUCCAGACUUCAAGGUUUCACAUGACUUUGCAGUAAACUUCAACGAGGACAACCCAGAAUGUGCAGGUAUUCAGGGUGUGGUGGAGGCCUACCAGAACUGCCUUCCUAAAAUUCAGCUUUACGGCCCCACAAACAUCGCCCCCAUCAUCCAGAAAGUGGCCAACUUUGCCUCAGAGGAGAUGCACACCAAAGAGGCCAUGCAAUACUUCAUCCUGCUGAUCCUGACGGACGGUGUGAUCACAGACAUGGCGGACACCAGAGAGGCCAUCGUUCACGCUUCACACCUGCCCAUGUCUGUCAUCAUCGUGGGGGUCGGCAACGCAGAUUUCACUGAUAUGGAGAUGCUGGAUGGAGAUGAUGGGAUCCUCCGCUCGCCCAAAGGAGAACCAGUGCUUAGGGACAUUGUGCAGUUUGUGCCCUUCCGUAACUUCAAACAUGCCUCUCCUGCUGCUUUGGCAAAAAGUGUCUUAGCUGAAGUCCCGAACCAGGUGGUGGACUAUUACAACAGCAAGGGGAUCAAGCCCAAGUGCCCCAGCGAGUUUGAGUCUUCCAGGACGUUUGGUCACUGAAGCGACCAGCUCUCGCUCUUUACAAAAAACUAGCACGUCUGUGUGAAUUUGAAGCCUAAUCUGUUCCACUUUGUUUUGUUUGCAUGCGUAGCCUGUGAGGCUUGCAUAGGUGUUGCAAUGCUACUGUUUGUAUUACGUACAUGUCGACAUGUACAGACUUACACAACUACAAAGAAGCAAAAACAUCUUACUGAAAGCAUGAUGACUGGGAUUAGCUGAAAUAAAUAAUUAUAUAUAUAUAUAUAUAUGGGUUAUCUGUUUUCUUUUAUAUAAAGGUUUAUUGAGAUUUUGCUAAAUUUCGUAAUGUUCUUACAUUGUAAAGCAUUUUGGAUCUUAGAGGAUGAAUAGCUAUUUGAAUUAGACUGUCUGUGGACAUUCAGGCUUUCCUUUUCUUUCUCUCUCUCAAUAUAUAUAUAUAUUUUGGUUCUUUUUUUGCAGAUGCAGGGCCAGAUGCAUGAUUGUAUUUUGCAUGUUGAUGAUAAACCGACAUCGUUUUUCUAUUGGUUCCUUUCGGGGCCUGUUAUUUGAGUUCAUGUGAAGCUGCUCUUCUGGGAAAUGUCCACAAAUAAGACUUUAGAAUGAAGUAUUUUUUGGUAGAUUUGAGUGAUGAUGUAACAAAUCGUUUGGAAAUAAAGUUUGUGUUAUGAAUGGUUCA